UCGACCCACACGCAGAAAUAGAGAGACACACACGGGGCGCCUCUGCCACUGAACGAGAGUUUGAAUUCUCUCGUGCCAUCCCUCCUUAGCCCGUGCCCGUGCUUGUCGGCUCGAGAAGAGACGAUCGAAGCAAAACCGACAUGGACUUCAUCGGAGACGCCGACUGCUUCGCCCUCGACUUCAUCCGUGACCACCUGCUCGGCGGCGACGGCAGCGUCCCCGUGGCCGGCCAUGUAGUUUCUGACGACCUCACCUUCCCUGUACUGCAAGCUCCCGCGGCCGAACCGGCGUUCCAGCCCAUGUCGUUCUUGCCGCAGCAACAGAAUCAAGGGCACAUAGACUUGGCCCACGAGUACACGGGCGCUACUUCGGCCGCUGCGGUUAGCGAGGCGGCGUUCCGGGAGCAGGAGCCGGCGCCACCGGUGAUGAUAAAGUUCGGGAGCGAGCCGUCGUCCCCUGCGACGAGGCCGCCGCUGACCAUCUCCGUGCCCCCGAGCUCGUACGCGUGGGCAACAACGGCGUCCGCCGGCGCGCCGGCGCCGGCCGCAGCGGUCGAGGACUUCCGCAAGUACCGCGGCGUCCGGCAGCGCCCCUGGGGCAAGUACGCGGCGGAGAUCCGGGACCCGAAGCGCCGGGGCUCGCGUGUGUGGCUCGGCACGUACGACACGCCCAUCGAGGCUGCGCGCGCCUACGACCGCGCCGCGUUCCGCAUGCGCGGCGCCAAGGCCAUCCUCAACUUCCCCAACGAGGUCGGCACCCGCGGCGCCGACCUGUGGGCCCCGCCGCCCGCUCCGGUGACGCAGGCCGCCGCCGCAGCGAACAAGCGGAAGCGGCAGCAGGAGGACCCCGACGUCGAGGUGGUCGCGGUGGUGAACAAGGCGGUAAAGAUUGAGCCGCCGUCGUCGUCGACCCCGGUGUCCUCCACCACCUCGCCGUCGUCCAUGUCGACGCGGGAGACCACAGCGACCGAGACGUCGACAGUGACGUCGACUGCGACGGAGGCGGGCACGGGUGCUGAGGGCAUCCCCGUGACGCCAUCGAGCUGGAGCUGGGAGCAGUACUGGGAGGCGUUGCUGGGCGGCCUGCCGCCGCUCUCGCCGCUGUCACUGCACUCGGCGUUCGGGUUUCCGCAGCUCACCGUUAAUUAAAGAACCAAGAGUGUUAACUAAUAAGACCGUGUUUGGAUAGGCGAGGAUUUGACCUAAUCCAUUUGGAUUGCAAAGGAUAUCAGUUCAUUUUCCUUCCAAUCCAAGAGGAUCGGGUCUAAUCCUCCUCCGCCUAAACAAGCCAACCGGUUAUUGUAGGUGUCAACAUCUUGUGUCUUGGCCCCUUGAUCUUUGGAGAGCUGUGUAUAAAAGAAGAAACAAGGCGGAAGCGGAAACAACCAUGAAGUAGUCAUUGUAUUUCCCAUUAUGAAGAAACAGAUAUAGAGAGGUAUGUGCAGAUCGUUCGAUGCUUGUAAAGAAUAAGGAUGUGGUGUUUCAUAUGAUCUACACUGUAACUUGAUUCGAGAUCAAUUUGUUUAACAAAGUUCUUUGGU